GUGUUCGACACAAAUGCGCCGCCAUCCCUUCUCAUUAUUGAUGACGUUUCAACGUGGGAGAGGCUUGGAAUGCGACCGUGUUCCGUAGUUUGUCUGAUUCACAAGCUUUAUACUCGGUUGGAAUCAAAUGGGUUAUUGUUGGCAUCGUUCUCUAUGGUGACGAAGUCGUUCUACACACUCUUCAGCAAGGCAGAUUUCGUAAUAGAACUAACCCCAGUUGGUUCUGGGUUUGAAAAGGAUGUGACUGGACAGAUGGUUGUAAGCGUCCAUGGAGGAGGUACAACACCGGAAAUUUCCGAAUUCCUUUAUGUAGAGGGAGAUCGAUCCAUGAAGUGUUAUUAUCGUGGAACACGAUCCUUUUUAAAUACAUGA